CAGCUGGCCACAGCAGCUGCAGCUGGCACAAUGAAACUUGCAUGUGUGAGUGCAUUGUUGAUAAUUUACUUGCGGUGCUAAAAACUGCUUGAAAAACUGCAGUGACAUGCUCUCUGUCUGACUACUGGGACGUGGGGCCGAUCACAGGGGUACCAUGGAAGUCAGUAGUACAUUUGACAACAUGACUGGACUGACACAUGAUAGGCCAGUGCAAAUGUCCUCAUUCUGCCAGCAGUUUGCAUCUGUCGAUGGGGCAGGAAAUUAUGAUGUGAAUAAUGUUGUCAUUCCGACCCCAGGAGCACCAGACCCCAGGGCCCAGAAUUCUUUGCGGCAGAGUUGGGAAAUGAACUACCAGGAAGCAGCAAUAUACCUGCAGGAGGGAGAGAAUAACGACAAGUUUUUCACUCAUCCGCGAAAUGCCCAUGCGCUCAGUGCCUACCUGUUUGCUCACAAUCACCUUUUCUAUGUGAUGGAGCUGCUGACUGCGGUGUUACUCAUGCUUCUGUCCCUCUCAGAGGCCCCUGCCGUCCCCUUUCUCCGCUUGGAUGUCUAUGUUCAUGCAACACUGGAGUUAUUGGUAUUGGUAAUGGUGGCCUUUGAGUUGUGCAUGAAGCUCCGAUGGCUUGGCUUUCACACCUUUAUACGACAUAAGAGGACCAUGGUGAAGACAUGUGUCCUGUUUAUUCAAUUCGUCGAGGCAAUUGUGGUCUUAGUCCGGCAGACAUCUCACCUGCGUGUAACGAGAGCCCUGCGGCCGAUCUUUUUGGUGGACUGUCGUUACUGUGGAGCUGUUCGCAGAAACUUGAGGCAGAUAUUUCAGUCACUUCCUCCCUUCAUUGAUAUUCUUCUGCUGCUGCUUUUCUUCAUGGUCAUCUUUGCCAUCCUAGGAUUCUGUUUGUUCUCAGCCAACUCAGCCGACCCUUAUUUUAGCACACUGGAGAACAGCAUUGUGAGUUUGUUUGUCCUUCUGACCACUGCAAAUUUUCCGGAUGUGAUGAUGCCAGCAUAUUCAAAGAAUCGUUGGUCAUGUAUUUUCUUCAUUGUGUAUCUGUCCAUCGAGCUCUACUUCAUCAUGAAUCUACUCCUGGCGGUAGUUUUUGAUACUUUUAAUGGAGUUGAGAAGAUGAAAUUCAAAUCUCUUCUUCUACACAAGCGAUCAGCUGUAGAGCACGGCUUCCAGCUGCUAGUUAGUCGGCAGAGGCCAGAUGGAGUGUGUUUAAAACAGUUUGAUGGACUGAUGCGAUUCUAUCGUCCACGAAUGAAUGCACGGGAUCGUUUCCUCACUUUCAAAGCCCUCAACCAUUCAGGCGCAACCAUGCUGAGUCUCCAGGACUUUUAUAAGUUUUAUGAAGUGAUCGGGCUCAAAUGGAAGGCUCGACGGAGUGGGGAGUACUGGUUUGAUGAUCUUCCUCGUACUGCAUUCCUCAUCUUCAAAGGAAUCAAUUUACUUGUGAAAUCCAAAGCUUUCCAAUAUGCAAUGUAUCUGGUAGUUGCAAUUAAUGGCAUCUGGAUCCUAGUGGAGACUAACAUGUUAAUUGAUGGCGUCUCAUGGACUCAUGUUGUCCCAUUGAGUUACAUUAUUUUUCUCACAAUUUAUGGAACUGAGGUCUUGUUGAAGAUCACAGGCCUUGGUCCUUUGACAUAUUUCAGCUCAGGGUGGAACCUCUUUGAUUUCUCAGUAACAGUCUUUGCCUUUCUGGGAUUGAUUGCUCUGGCCUUUGACAUGGAGCCGUUCUACUUCAUCUUGGUGUUGAGACCUUUUCAGCUCCUCCGGUUGUUUAAAAUUAAACAGCGCUAUCGGAAUGUUUUGGACACAAUGUUUGAACUGUUCCCACGUAUGGCCAGUCUAGGUCUGACUCUGAUUAUCUUCUAUUAUUCUUUUGCCAUCGUUGGAAUGGAGUUUUUUGCUGAUGUUGUUUAUCCGAACUGCUGCAACACUAGCAGAGUCGCUGACUCGUAUCGCCAGAAAAAUGUGACCAUUGGAAACCGAACAAUGCUAGAGGAGGGGUAUUAUUAUCUCAAUAACUUCAAUAACAUCCUAAGCAGCUUUGUCACUCUUUUUGAGCUAACAGUGGUGAACAACUGGUACAUCACUAUGGAAGGUGUAACAUCACAAACGACUCACUGGAGUCGCCUUUAUUUCAUGACCUUUUACAUUGUCACCAUGGUUGUCAUGACGAUAAUCGUGGCCUUCAUUCUAGAUGCAUUUGUCUUCAGGAUGAACUACAGUCGGAAGAACAGAGAGCCGCUGGAUGACCCAGAAGAUGAAAUGGGGAUUGUCUUUGAGACAGAGAUGUCCCAGACUGAAGCUCUACAGACUCUAGACUUGUAUAAACACACACUGGGUGUCACCAACCUAAGCUCACUGCAGGACAUGUGUGUGACUCUGGAGCGGAGCGGGCAUUCCUCAUUAGUAUUUCUGGGUCGAAGGUCACGUACCAAGAGUGACCUCAGCAUGAAGAUGUACGAGGAAGAGAUUCAGGAAUGGUAUGAGGAAUAUUCCAGAACAAACCUGCAGCCCGAUGAAACAUUCCACAGAGAACUGGACAGCCCUGAAGCUAGUGCCACAAACAGCAUUAACUAACUCGCACUCUCUCUCAUACCUCUGAGGGACCUUAGAACCAUCUUCCUCCCAUCGAUGGAAAGCACAGAUGUUCCCUAUGACCACUAUAUUCGCCCUCCAUCCAUAUGGAGACCUACAGAACACACUUAAAGCCUUAUUCCCCCAAAAACCUUACAGUUCCGUGGCCAAUCAGGGAAGCUUGCAGACCAAUCAUGUGACAUGCACUCGGUCAGGGAACCUUCUUCUUCCAUGAAAUGCACCUCAUGACAUUUGCCUUGUGGUGGGUGACCCUGAAUGAUUCAGACUCUCUCUUGGAUUGACAAAUGGAGAACAGCGAUUGGAUAUUUCUGUGGGAGGUGAAUCGAAACUGAAUGUGAGGAUUUUAGCACUAAGUGACUUGUGUCUCUUUCUCCACAGUCUGAGGUAUUGCUUAACCAACAGAUAAAAGAUUAUAGUAAUAAACUAAUGCUGUUUUUAAACUAAAGCUGCUUUUUUGCUGGAACCUUUGGACCUAUAGAGAGGCUUAUUUUUUCGAUAUAUACACAGGUAGAUUAAAUGUAUGUCAGAUGCAGUUGAGAGUCAAGUAUUUAAAAAUCUGUUUCAGUACAUCCACCGAUGUACUUAGUAUGGGCUGGUUUCCCAGGCGCAUGUUAAUUUUGGACUGAUAAGUAUUAGAAAACCAGCCUUAGACCUUUCAGUUCAUUUAAACUUUUGUCUUGUCACAUAUGAAAAGAUCUUAUUUCCUUUGUUUGGAGUAAGUAUUGUUUUAAUGAAUUUUAAAGCUUUGAGUAUUUUGGCAGACCAGUUCAGAUAAAAUCUACCUUGUAACCCAAAGGUCAGCCUAGUAACCCAAAGGUUGUGGGUUCGAGUCUCAGUACUGGCAGGGA